AUGAGGCGCUUCCUGAGCAGGAAGGGCCGCUUCUCCCUUCGCCAGAGCAAGUCCGGGACCCGGAGUGCCUCCAAAGAUUUCUACCUCGGUCUCCCUGCCACCAAUCAGAACUGGCCAGAGGCGUUUGGUUUCCGGCUGGGUGGCACUGGGCCCAGCUACAUCCUCUCCGUGGUGGAGGGCAGCAGUGCCUACCUGGCCGGCCUGCAGCCGGGCGACCAGGUGGUGGACAUCGAGGGCCAGGAUGUGACCAACCUCAGCACACCGGCUCUAGUCGCCCUGGCUCAGACCCUCAAGACUGUCCCACCCAGCAUCGGAGUAGUGUCACGGCUUGAACAGAUCGACAUCACCCCUGGCCCUGAUGGCCGUUUUGGAUUCACCAUCGUUGGAGACAGCCCUCUGAUGGUGGAGGACUGCAUGCCCAGCGGCCCGGCCGGGCGCAGUGGCCUGAAGGCCGGGGACUACGUCAUGGAGGUCAACGGCAUCCCAGUGAAGCAUCACGAAACGGCGGCGGCCAUGAUCAAAGCAGCUCAGGGUCGACCUCUGCGUCUGGGCGUGCUCAGUAUGGCCCGGCGACCCAAGCGGUUAAGCAGCAGCAUGAGGGUGUUGUCACAGAGCGGGGACAGCGUCAGGGACAGUCGCGCCCACAAGGCCAUGGAGUUCAAUAAGAAGGUGGAGGAGGUGCUGGGGGAGGAACCAGAUGUGAAGGAGCAGCUGUUUGACGUGCUGAAGCAGUACGCUGCCGAGAGGGAUGUGGAGAGUCUGGCCGAGGCGCUGCCUGAUAUCCUGAUCACAGAGGAGCAUCAGCAGCUGAUCGACAGCGUCAGGAUCUUCAUUCCCAAGAAGCACCGGGAACGUUUUGACGAGGUGGUUUCCCAGAGCCUGAUGAGCCGGCUUAAGGGGCGGAGCUUCAGUGACCCCAGCCGCAACCGCCUUCGCCGCAGCCGGAGCGAGGAUCACCCUGAGCGCCUCCUGGUUUCCACGCGCGCCAGCUCAGUGCCACGCACCCACGCAGAGGAAGGCGUGAUGCAACCAACCCGAGGCAUGAGGAAGACCACCUCCCUAAUAGCCGGCCACUCCAGUGGCAGCACCACCAACUGCAGGUGUGUAUGUUGCAGCCCCACCCAGACGGUGAGAGUGUGCAAAGGCAACAUGAGUUUUGGCUUCACUCUUAGAGGUCAUGCUCCAGUGUGGAUUGAUUCCGUCAUCCCUGGAAGCCCAGCAGACAAAGCAGGUCUGAAACCAGGAGACCGCAUCCUGUUUCUCAACGGGCUGGACAUGAGGACCUCCUCCCAUGAGAAGGUGGUGUCCAUGCUGCAGGGCAGUGGUGCCAUGCCCACUCUGGUAGUGGAGGACGGUUCGUCCACUUUCAGCCUGGCAGAGCAGGACCUCGCAGGAGGCGGUGGUCCCCCAGAACGUGCCCGCUCCCCUGUGUUCAGCUCCCUGCAGUGGGUGGCGGAGAUUCUGCCUCCCAGUAUCAGGGUUCAGGGCCGCACCUUCGGUCAGCAGCUGGAGCACCUGCUGACCAUCCAGGAGAGGUACACCAUCUGCAAGGCUUUGGAGAACUUCUUCCAGCACAGGUGAGCAAUUGGGUGGGAAGAAAACAGUAGAAGGAAGGAAAGACGGGAGGAAAAGAGAGUCAGAGGGAAUGUUGACACUCUGAUCGUGGAUGUGUUCCCGGUGCUGGACACUCCAGCCAAACAGGUGAUCUGGCAGUUUGUUUACCAGCUGCUGACGUACGAGGAGCAGGAACACUGCCAGAGCAAGAUCUCACGCUUUCUUGGAUUCAAAGCAUCAGUUCCACCACCACCACCACCUCCCCUUCCUCCCGAUCCUGAGUCUGCCCAAGAGCCCCAUCGCCGCAGCAGCUCCAUGAGAGUAACGGGGACCACGUACAGGAGCAGUGUGAGGGGACGUAGUUCAGAUGACCUGGUCAUUGGCACACACUUGGGCCUGGGUACAGAUCUUCACUUGAUGGAGACGGGGAUGAGGUUGGCUCCAGGAGAGAGACAGUCAGGUGAUGGCACCUCCCUCCCUGAGACUCCCAACAACCUCACCAAUCUGUCGGCAGUGUACGCUGAGCUGGAGAACAUGUAUUCAUCCAAGAGGUCCAAGUCUCUAAAGAGCCGCCCUCCUCCCGCCCCAGACAGUUUGCUGGAUCUGGAACCUCCUUCGCGCUCGGCUUCCCCCUCAAUGCUCGCUAACACAGGGAGCCGUAAAGGUCCUUCGACCCCUUCAUCCUGGCAGGAGCCUCUCCCCAGCCCCCCUCAGGCUCAGUUCUACUCAUCUGGGCUGCCCAGCCAGACCAGCGGGGAGUCCAAUCCCUACAUCAGCUUGGACAGUCCCCCACCUUCACCCCCAGAGCCCGCUGACUACCCAGCUAGUCCACCACCCGCUCGCAGCAGCAAGCGGCGCUACACCUUCUCCAAACCACCGCGUUCAGAAGACACAGAUCGCUUCCUGGAUGCACUGAGUGAGCAGCUGGGACAGAGGGUGGCCAUCAUCGACGACUUCCUGACUCCUGAGAACGACUACGAGGAGGAUGUUGUGCAGAUGGGUUUCCCGGAUGAUGAGGAUGAGGAUAAUGAAGAGGAGCUGGGGGUGGACGAAGAAGAAAGUGGAGGAUUUGUGGCCCCAGAGCUGAGCAGCCCGAGUGACGUUCAAAGCAGCAGCGGAGAAGAGAACGCCUCCUCUCUCACCUACUCCUCAUCCUCUGACCACAUCCCUCCUCCUCCCAUGACCCCUCCUCCGCCUCCACCUGUUCAGUUCAAUGACCCGCCUCCUCCCCCUCCACCACCUGCACCGCCUCAGCACCAACAACCGCAACAGCAGCUUCACUUCACCCCGGAACACUCCCCAAGAGCAUAUGUGCCCAUUCGCCGUAAAUCUGGACCACCUCCACCACCUCCACCCCGCAGUAAUCCACCAGCGAAGCGGCUCUCUCUCCAUAAAGCACUACCCACAAGAGAGGACUUACAGGUGCAUGCUACCAUACUAGAGCUAAAAGCCUUCCAAGAACAACAAGUCUACCAGGGAAGACAAGUCUAUGAGGAGCAACAAGCGUACAAGGAGAGGCAGGUGUAUGAGGAGCAGAAAGCCUAUGAGGAACAACAACUGUUUCAAGAGCAGCAGGCCUACCAGGAGACAUUCUUCAAAGAGAGACAAGCUUAUGAGGAGCAGAAAGCAUACGAGGAACAAAAAGCUAUUGAAGAGCAACAAAUUCACCAGGAGCAACAAGCCUACCAAGAAAGACAAGCAUACGAACAGCGUCAAGCCUACCAGGAGCAAAAAGUAUACGAACAGCGCCAAGCUUACAAGGAGCAAAAGGCAUUUGAAGAGCUUCAAGCUUACCAGGAGCGAAAAGCUUACAAGGAGCAAAAAGCUUUCGAGGAGCGUCAGGCCUACGAGGAGCAACAAGCUUAUCAAGAGCAACAUAUGCAACAGAUUUACCAGAGUCACCACUCGAUGCCUACCCAGCCAACACAGCAAAAAGCCCAGUCACCACUUCCUCACCAACAACUUCACCAAUCCUUACCCCCACUCCCUUCUCCAGACUCCACCCAUCCCCACGCCAACCAUCCUCUCUAUGUGAUGCACCAAGCACAGCUGCAGCAGGCUCACCCGGGUCAUCACCACCGACGUCUGUCUCGUUCAGCCCCUCCUCCACACCAACCGCCACCUCUACCGUCACCCCAACCGACGGCUCACCCCGGCCAACAAGCUCAAUAUGCUGAGGGAAUCUACCAAAGUCACCAGGGCCUUGGAAACCAUCCCCACCAUUCUUCAGCUGAAAUGCUCCACCAGAUGCACCAAGCCCCCGCCCAUCACUCCUCUGCUGAGGUGCUCAACCAGUUGCAACAAUCUCAGGCCCAUCACUCAUCUACUGAGAUACUCCAGCAGAUGCAGCAAGCCCAAGCCCACUACUCCUCCUCAGAAAUGCUCCACCAAAUACACAAAACCAAGGGACAUCAUUCUUCAACAGAGUUACUGAACCAAGCUCAUCAAAUGCAGCAGAUGCAGCCUCACCACUCCUCAACAGAACUUCUCCAUCAAGCUCAGCAGAUGCAUCGGGGUCAACCACACCAUUCCUCCACUGAGCUGCUCCAUCAAAUGCAAAAGGCCCAGGCCCACCACUCCUCCACAGAGCUGCUCCAUCAAGCCCAUCAGAUGCACCAACCCAUGCCCCAUCACUCCUCCGCAGAGGUUCUGCAUCAAGCCCAGCAGGAGCCUGGCUCCCUUCCUGUUCAGCUAAAACGAGACAGUCACUCACACCAGAGCCGGAGAAGUCUUAAAGGUCAUCAUCAAACCCAAGUGUCACCUCAAGGGAGACACCAAGAGCAGCAGAUCCACCAAACCCAUCACCCCCAACCCACCAAACCCUCUCCCCAGAGACCCCACUCUAUCCAGCAGACCCACCACCACUCUAGCACACCUCAGAUUCACCACAUCCACCACAUAACCCCACAGCCUCCUCCGCAGGACUACCAACACCAGAUUCAUGUCAUCCACCCUCCGCAGCAGACCCACAGGCCCCAGCCUCUUCUUUCUACCUUUCAGCCCCUCCAGCCACAUCAAACCACCCUGUCCACAUUCCAGCCCCUCCCCCAACACCACAAGCUGCAGCACCAAGUCCAGUCCUCCACCCAAGUCACCCGCCCACAGUCUCAGCCCUCGCAUCACCUGCUGCAGUCCCCAAACCAGCCACAAUCUCAGUCAUCCCACCAUAAACAAUCCCAUGGUCAGAGUCAGCCCCAGUCCCUCCCGCACUCUCUGUCUGAUCCCACGGAGCACCUGGGGCCCCCUCCUCCUCCGCCCCUGCCCCCACCUUGCUCUCCUCCACCCCUGCCAAGGCCCGGUCUGUCCAGAAUGGAUUCCAACCACAUGAGUGUGAAGCGGUUACGCUGGGAGCAAGUGGAGAAUUCAGAGGGGACCAUCUGGGGACAGUUGGGAGCAAAUUCUGAUUAUGAUAAACUGCAUGACAUGGUGAAGUAUCUGGAUCUGGAGCUGCACUUUGGGACACAGAAGAGCUCCAUGCCGGCUCCAGAUCCAUCCCUCCUGCCAGAAACCUUCAAGAAGAAAGAUGUGAUAGAAAUUCUGUCCCAUAAGAAGGCUUACAAUGCCUCCAUCCUGAUAGCCCACCUGAAGCUGUCUCCUGCAGAGCUGCGUCAGGUGCUGAUGAACAUGGCCACUGAUAGGCUGGAGCCGUCGCACAUCAAACAGCUGCUGCUGUACGCCCCCGACGCAGAGGAGGUCAAAAAGUACGAAGAGUACAGACAGGACCCCAGCAAACUCAGUGAGCCAGACCAGUUUGUGUUGCAGAUGUUGUCAGUACCAGAGUACAAUACGCGCCUGCAGAGCCUCCUCUUCAAGUGUUCCCUGCAGGAGAAGACCGAGGAGUUGAGGGGAGCGUUCGACUGUAUCAACAAGGCCUCCAUGGAGCUGAAGACCAGCAGGAAGCUAGCGAAGAUACUGGAGUUUGUGCUGGCGAUGGGAAACUACUUGAAUAACAGCCAACCGAAAACAAACAAGACCACAGGCUUCAAGAUCAACUUCCUUACAGAGUUGAGCACAACUAAAACAGUGGAUGGGAAGUCGACAUUCCUGCACAUUCUGGUCAAGUCGUUGUGUCAACACUUUCCUGACGUGUUGGAUUUUUCCAAAGAUCUAACAAUGGUUCCACCUGCAGCCAAAGUAAACCAGAGGACGAUCGCGUCAGAUCUGAAUGACCUUCACGCAACCAUCCAAGAUAUUCGCUCGGCCUGUCAGAAGAUGCCUGCGACUGCUGACGACCGUUUUGCUGUUGUUAUGAGUAACUUUUUGGAAAACAGUCACCCAGCGAUUCAGUCUCUGGAGUCCCUGCAACAGAGAGCAAUGGAAGAAUUCAGCAAAACUGCGUCCUACUUUGGAGAAGACGGCAAAGCUACCAACACCGAAGGCUUCUUUGGCAUCUUUGCGGAGUUCAUGAUCAAGUUUGAGAGAGCGCUGAGUGAGCAUCAGGCUGCAGAAAUCCAGAAGAGUCCUCGGAGUCCACGAAUGGCCUCCCCACUGGCCUGGUAACACACACAUACAUGUCCACAGAGACGUUGAAACACACACACACUGUAUACACAUUCUCUACACUGCAUACACAAACAUACAUAACACUCAAUCCACAUUUUUGAGCAAUAAAAUACAGUGUAUUAUAUAUGUAUGUACUUUUGGUUACAUUCAGCGAGACAGAAUGUCUUUGCAUCAAAUAUGGACAAUUUUGCAUUAUACCAGUGGUGCAGUGUAUGUGUCCUUUUCAAAAUAAGUUUUAUUGUAGUCUAAAGCUUUAAGACUUCGAGAUAGAACACAACGUUGUUUGGUUGUCAACAUAUCUGUACUGUUAAGAAGAUACAGUUCCGAUAGUUCAUCCUAAGUUUUCUUUCUCUAAGCCAGAGUUAUCUACGGUGUAAAACUUUAUGAUAGAUCCUUGAAUAAGAUGAUGAUUUAUGAAAAUUAAAUUGUAUCCUGAAUAUAGAUGUUUUACUUAAAAUAUACCCAAGUACAAUCGUUGGUUUGGAUGAAACCACGGAUGCAGUUUCCCUAUUAGUGAACUGUGUUUUGUACGAAGCCCACCACCCUGAAUGUAACAUAGGUUCUUUACUGAUUAACCGUAGAUUAUUUUCUCGAGUAAAUAAUCAAUUACAUCCCAAUGAUAGAUUGUUUAAUGUGCUGUAUCAUGUUUAUACCUCCACUUAUAAGGAUUUUCUUACUGCAUCAGGUGUAGCUUUAAUAACUUUCUAUUCCUAAAUGGUUUUGCUCUUGUAUGAUACCGCCAAUGCUACAAACGUGUACAUAUGAGACAGUGUCAGUGGGAUGUUGGCACUUACUACUUGAGACAAUUUCAACUGUCGUAAGGAUCCUUUUUAUUUAUUUUUAUUCCCGUCAGUAGGACAAGGAGAAGUGGGAUCAUGUGGCGUGCGCAGUGUGCAAUAUGUUUUUAGCUGUUCACUGCUGUUCUACUCCUUUCGACUGUAACAUCGAUACCUUGUAUUUGCACUGUACAGAAUGAGAGUGAAUGUAAUGAGAAUGUACGCUACGAUAUAUGACGCACUUUUGUGUAUUAACCAAAAUAUUUAUUUCAUUGUGUUACGCUGUACAGACUGAGCAGAGCGACAAGUUUAGUGUAAGAGAUGCAGCAUUAUGGAUAGUUCUCAACUAGUGAUGCAGUGUCACAUCUCAGAAUAUACACAAGUGCUUUGUAAAAGUCUAUAGGUGAUAUUUUUAAUUGUUAAGGUUAAUCUGUGCAGCUAGUGAAAGCUUUGUUUUCUUAUCUAAGUUGUCUUUACAGAACGUCUAAGGCCUAUAAAGUGUUAUAAAAGUCUAUAAAGUCUGUAUUUUUUAUUCUGUCCAAACAAUGCUGACAAAUAUAGAGUCGUAUUAAAUCUAUAUCUGUGUCUGUGUGAGAAAAAUGCUCUUUAAUUGUGCUGUUAUGCCAAAUGUCUUACAGAGGAAUGAUACUGUACAGUACAAAGGUAACGGCAUUAAAAGGCCUCGUCCUCGUGUU